UAAAGAUGGCGUGACGCAAGGAAGGCGUAAGUCAGUGACGGAAUCUCGUUCUCCUCCCAAAACCGAAUGGAUUUUAACGUCACAUCACAACAUUGGAAGAGUGAAUAUAUUUUCCCAUGAUCGAGGGCUGUGAAUGAGUACACUUGUGCUGCCAUGGGAGACGAACCACCCCCACUGCCACCCAAGAUGAGGUCUUCGACAGGUGUGCGCUACACGGAGCAGGACAUGGCCAAGGCUUUGGAGGAAGAAAACAAGGAGUAUGAGAGAAUUAGAAGGGAGCUUGGGCGCUCUCACUCUCAGAGGCAGGCUCCACUGAGGGAGAAUGGACUCCAUGAUGCACCGAGGUCUCAGACUCCUACAGAAAGGCACAGUAGACCAGUAGAAGUUAAGCCAAGGCCUCGACCAGGUAACAAGCCAGCCCAACCUACACCUAAGCCACGCACUAUUAGCCUCACUCAAAACACCCCUAAAGCACCUCUCAAGUCAAGAUCUGCCUCGCAUUCCGUAUACAGCCAUUCACUCAUUGCUGCAGAAUCAGUUUCUGUUAGUAACAGUAAUGCCUCCUUAACCAGCACAAUUGCAGAAAGUGGUAAUGAUCAGCAAGACUUGAUAUCCUUUAAUAGCCCUGAGAAACCAAAGAACGACAUCCUGGAGUAUCUCCAUACUGUUAAUGCAAACCAGAAGUCAGUGGUACCUGUGUCUACUUCUCAGGGAACGUACAGAGUGCACAGUAUAAGUAGACAAUCAUACAGUUCUCACCAUUCAUCUUCUGUGGGACCAACAGCAAGUCUAACAACAUAUCAAGGUGCCAUGACCCCAAUGUUUUCUGGCUCUCAGUGUCCAGCAAUCACUCAAAAUGGAACUUCAUAUCCCAACUAUAGCCAUAGUUCCACAGGAACCUCAUACAGACCAACGUUACCCACAGUGCAACCUACAACUAGUAACCUUAUCCUCAACUACCCCAGUAGCCUUGGACAGUUAGUACCAGUGAUGCCACCCUUGCCCCAAAGAUGCCCAGUGGUUGACCUUCACAAUGUAGGAAAUAUGUUUAAUCAGCUGACAAUACCUAAGGGUGCAAAAGGUUCCCCAGUGGGGACGCCAACCACUGCUGGGUUAACAAUACCAGACCCAGCAAUAAGUGCCUCCACUGCUGGAAGAAUUGUCAGUGCAUCCAACAGUGACGAUCUCAUUGACUUGGGGAAGGGGGGGAGUUUAACGGAUAGUGUAGAUGCCUUAGAAACAAAAACCAGUGUCUUAGAUGUGUUCGAUCCCAUUAUGCUUAAAGCCAAAGAAGAGUUGAGGAGAAAAAACACUUCUGCUUCCAAUAGUGUAAGUAGUAAAGAGCACCACUCCGAUCCAUCUUGCGUUCCCAUCAGUGACGAGGCCCAGGAACUACUCCGUUACAAGUGCAACAAAAAGCUUAAUGAUGAUGAGAUGAGCUACUAUGAGCAAGUGGACCCCUUUGAAUACAUGCACCCUGGGGCAAGCAGCACGAGGUCUGACCCUGUGUAUGACAUUUACUAUGGCCUUGUCAGUCCUGGUGCUGUAGGGGGAGAAACAUUCGACAUCCCUCCACCUCUUCCACCGCGCUCAUCCGUCAAGGAGCCUGAGGUGGAGCUGAGGAAGAGUGUGCGCAGUCCUCGUGCAGAGAAGAAGUUCAUGGAAAAGAAACGAUCUGGUGUUGUACUGGAUGGGAAAUCAAGCACGCGCCAGAUUCGCCUCCUCAAGAUUCCUGCCCUCAGUGCUGAUGAUGAAGCCAGAGCUUUUUGGGACUGCAUCAAGAAGCGCAGAGGGGAGUACACUUGGGAUGACCAUAUUGGCAACCCAGGCCUCCUGCACAGUGCGUGUCUCGAGGGAACGGUGGAUCCCGGGCUGAGUGUUAAAUUGUCGGUGUACUAUAAGGAGAGGGAACCCUUAGCCUUCACGUGUAAUUUGGAUUCAAGUGUAGAGCACGUUGUGAUGCAUACAGUGUGUACACUUGAGUUGCCAGGAGAAUCGGCCGACUAUAUGCUGAAGGUCCGAGGGGUGGAUGACUACUUAUCAGGGGAGACUGUCCUUGGAGAAUAUGAAUAUGUACAUAACUGUAUAAAGUAUGACCAAGAUGUGGCCUUCACCCUUAUGCAUGCUGACUCGGUCAGACACUCUUACCAACGCUCCCAAGAGGAUGACAUCGCUGUGUUAGAUGUACGAGUUGAAGACUUAAUGUCUGCAGGAUCUGGGGAGGUAGUGCACCAUGAGUCCCUGAUCAUUGUUGUGGAAACCUUCGAGACAGAACUCACACGGCUCCAGAAUUCUGGAUUCCUCUUGGUGGAUGGAAUGCCACUGCAGGACCUGCCAUCUCCCAUGAGGUCUCGUAGGCUACGACAGGUGGUGAAACAGAUGUGUGCUAUCUUGGGGAACCUAGAGACGACAGAAGUGUCUGAAUCCAUAAAUAACUUGGUAUCUACUUGUAGAAUCAUCCAACAGAGUCAGCCCAGAGGCACCAUGGAGCUCCAGAAAGGCAUCUUGGAUGGAGAGGAGGACAUCCCUGGGCAGCGCAUCUUGUCUACGGGUUCACAUGACUCCACCAAUCCAGAGGACCUGAAGCAUCUCUUGUUGGAUGCACUUAGUCGAUUAGCUGGUGCUGUUAAUAAUUUUCUGGUCAUGUACGCCAAAGCAUUUAGGGUGGACUUCACCGUGGAUCGCACAGUAGAUGCUACAAAAGAGCCUUGUGACAUAAGAGAAGUGCGAGAAAAGGUGUCAGUAAAGGUCCAGGGUCUGCACCGCCUUGAGCUAGAAUGGAAGUAUGAUGAAUAUUUUGUGGAGGUCCAGCUGUUCCAUGGGUCCCGCUGCAUUGGCCCACCCGUGCACUCGCUCAACAAGAAGAUCGCAGACGACCCCAAAUUCUACCCUAAGGUUGUCUUUAAUAAAUGGUUAGACUUAGGAGCCCGCAUCAACACACUGCCAAAGGAGAGCAGACUAGUCCUCACAGUAUUCGGCCUGAAGAUCAUCGAAGCAGAGAAUAAGAAUGAGCAGCCACAGUACAUCCGGGAGGAACUGGGGUGGGCAGCUCUGCAGUGCUUCUCCUAUGAAGGCAGGAAGUUAACUCAGGGGUCACACCUCCUGACCUUGUGGCCCAUGGUGAGUGACAAGCGUCUGGGGCCAGCUCCUUAUUCCUCCGACCACCCAAGGGUUCACGGAUGCCCUGUCCUAUCGGUUGAACUGAAGGACUUCGGCGGCGAAGUUUACUUCCCUAGUGUAGAAAUUCCGGCCCCAACUAAGCUUGAGUUUUCAUCCCUAGAUCUUAAUACUCAGCAGCAACUCUCUGAUAUCAUUGAGAGAGACAUAUUUAUCUUUAACAAAGGUUCAGUGGAGGAGCGUGAAAUUCUUUGGGAAAAGAGGCACUACCUUCAUGAGGAACCUGCUGCUCUUGCAAAGGUGCUUCUGGCUGCACACUCAUGGGAUGUCUCAUGUCUACCGGAUCUUCACUCUCUUGUGAGGAAUUGGGCAUCUCCUGCACCUGCGGAUGCCCUACAUCUUCUUUUGCCAUGUUUUGCUGACAGCGUGGUAAGGGGGUGUGCAGUGGGAUGGAUCAGAGGUCUUGGAUCCGAUGAACUCAUAAGCUUCCUGCCACAAUUGGUUCAGGCUGUGAAGCAUGAAGCAUGGGACAUUUCACCAACAGCAGAACUACUGUUAGAGCGAGCACUAACAUCACCCAGGCUUGCACAUCAUCUGUAUUGGUUACUCAACCAGUGCCUUCCUCUUCAGACCAAUAUGGGUGGUGAACGCGAAUUGGUGAGUGAUGCCAGAUAUCGCCGGAGGCUCAACCUUGUCACCCGUGCUCUGAUGGCCAUCUGUGGAAAGAACUUGGAAAACAGACUUCUCACACAAGAGGCCAUACUAAGGAGUCUUUAUGCCACAGCUAUGAACAUCAAAGACACAAAGGAUUCACAGAGAAUGAAUGUCCUCGGCAGAGACCUGGAAAAUAUCCACUUCAAUUUGACGGAAAAUCCCACAUCACUGCCACUGUCCCCAUCACUGGAAGUUGCUGGAGUGGAUCUCAAGAACUGUUCAUACUUCAAUUCCUUUACGGUUCCUCUCAAGUUGGCUUUCUUGUCCUCGGAGGAUAAUACUGAUCCCAUUCACGCCAUCUUUAAGGUGGGAGACGAUCUUCGCCAAGACAUGUUGGUUAUUCAGAUGAUACGUCUUAUGGACAAACUGUGGUUGAAGGAAGGGCUCGACCUCAAAGUUGUCACUUUCAGUGUUGUUCCUACGGGAGACAAGAUUGGAAUCAUCGAGUUAGUGAAAGAUGCUGAGACACUUCGUAAGAUCCAAACAGAGUAUGGCGUGACAGGAUCUUUCCAGGACAGACCGAUUGCUGAAUGGCUGGCUAAGCAGAAUCCAUCACAACUUGAGUACCAGAGGGCUGUAGAUAACUUCACUGCUUCCUGUGCUGGCUAUUGUGUUGCGACCUACAUCCUGGGGAUAUGCGACCGCCACAAUGAUAACAUCAUGCUUAAAACUUCUGGCCACUUGUUCCACAUAGACUUUGGCAAGUUUUUAGGCGAUGCGCAGAAAUUUGGUAGCUUCAAGAGGGACCGAACACCUUUCGUGCUAACAUCGGACAUGGCCUAUGUCAUCAAUGGAGGAGAGAAGCCCUCAGACAAGUUCCAGGGCUUUGUUGACCUCUGCUGCCGUGCCUUUAACAUUAUCAGGCACAAUGGCCACCUCUUGCUGUAUCUUUUUGCUCUUAUGGCCUCUUCUGGUAUUCCGGGAGUAACAUGGGAUGCAGUGACAUACGUUCAACGUGCACUCCUGCAAGACAAGACCAAUGCUGAGGCUGGAGCAAUGUUCUCACGCAUGAUCCAGGAGUCUCUGAAGUCAUGGUUCACACAGGUGAACUUCUUCAUUCACAAUCUGGCACAGCUGAGGUUUACAGGGGACCACUCAGAUGAUCUUCUCCUCUCCUUCAUUCCUCGGACUUAUACGUCAUCACAAGAUGGCAAGAUCCGCAUGGUACGACUCUACAGUUACCAAAAGCGCUACAACCCCAACAAGUACUAUGUGUACAUCUUGCAAGUUGACCGAGAGAACCAGAGAGAGCCGACGUAUCUAUUCCGUUCUUACAGAGAAUUUUCAGAGUUCCAUCAGAAGCUGUGCCUUGUCUUCCCUCUGGCUAGAAUACACAGCAUACCGAAGGGCGUGCAGAUUGGAAGGUCGGAGGUGAAGGCGGUAGCUGAGAAGAGGAAGCUGGAGAUUGAGCUCUUCUUGGCAACCUUGUUUGACCUUGCGCCGGAGAUUGCCCACUCAGACCUCGUCUACACCUUCUUCCACCCACUCCUCAGGGACCAAGAGGAUACAGAUAUCCAUUUAAAGAAGCUGAAGGGUAAAGAUACAAGGACAAGCAUCUCAUCUGCGUCACCAAACAGUGCUGGGCAAGUGCAAGGUCAGGUCAAAGUCAGUGUGCAGUACCUCAGAGGUCAGCUGCAGAUCAUGGUGCACCACGCCCGCAACCUGUCCCUGACAAGCCCCGGGCAGGAGCCGUCCCCAUACGUCAAACUGUAUCUCCUGCCAGACCCCCACAAGAAGACCAAAAGGAAGACGAAGGUCGUAAAGAAAACAUGUCACCCGACCUUCAUGGAACCAAUCACUUACCGCAUGUCUCAAGACAUCAUAAAACAGAGGGUGCUAGAAAUUAGUGUUUGGAGUGAGGACAAGUUCAGCGAGAAUGUCUACCUCGGGAGUUGCUACCUCCGUCUUUCUGCCCUUGACCUAAAGGAAGAGCAGUGUGAGUGGCUUAGCCUGGAGCAUCAACGCAACACAGCACUUGGACAUACUAUCCAGCACAGAGCUUAGUCUUUGAAUAAUUAUGACAAAUGGGCCCCCAAAUGCUGAGCAUUAUAUUGACAGACUUUGAUGAAAAGAAGCUUUACAGCCCGGUGUGGUAUACAUUUAUUGUGAUGUGUGAUAAUGUAACAGAAGGCAUUUAUUAGAUUGCUCGAAUUCCCAACCGCCCUUUUUUGUGUGGCUGAAAGGAACUUUGAAGCAAUUUGAAAACACAUCACAAAGGCAUGAAUUUAUUGUGAGACUUCCAGGUUUGGGAAGGUCAGUGCUUUGAUCAUUUGAUAUUGAUUAUAAUAAUGUAAGUAUUAUCUUUCUUCUUCAUACUGUUUGUUAGCAAGUGUGCAUUACAUCUCGGAAAUAACCUUUAAAGGUAAACACAUAUUGAAUGAAUAUGAUAAGGUUUCAUGAUAAAGGGAAUUAAUCGGCUAGUGAUUUUAUAUUGUAAUAUAUACACAAUUAUUAUGCGAAAGAGAAAGGUACCAGGCGGUGUCUAAUAUUGGUGUUUGUCUUUGAUUACUUUGUAAUAUAACAACUUUACUACAUGCAUAACCAUGUUCAUAUUCACAAUAUUUAAACUUCUCUUGCAAUUCCACAUCAGGCAAAGAUAAAGGAAUGACAAAGUUUUUAGACCUAGUAAUUUAUAGUGUAUAAAAUAAUAAAUAUAUAUUUUUUCUGUAAAAAAAAAAAUUAACCUCAUUUUGUAGAUUCAUUCUGUUAAAGUAGAUUUUUAUAUAUGUCCAAUAAAUUCAGAUGUUCCGGAGCACCUCAGGGGUCCAUGACUUUGUGUAUACAGUGUAAAAGGCUCCUAUGUCAAUAUUAAUUUAUCAUGAACUAAUAUUAUUAUUUGUUUGACACUGUAUAUUUUUAGGGAACUUCAUUGCAAGAUCAGUCUGAGUAAUCAGUGUAAAUUUUUUAAGCAUACUCUUUUUAUUCAAGGAUUCAGUACCACAUGUGAAAGAUUAUAGUAUUAGGUGAAUGUGCAUCAGUUUUUAAAGGCAAAAAUAUUGCUAGUCCCUCAGUUUAGUGAUGUGAAAGGGUCCCUUGCACAAGGUUAGGUAAGAAUCCCUCUACAUGAUAAAUAGAAACUGAGGAUAUAGAGUGCUUACGCCUUCACAUUCAGGUACUAGAUAAAACAGGGUAGUUAGAGCUUAUGAAACUUUAGGAUUGUAGGGAAUUAUCUCUCACACACACACACACACACACACACACACACACACACACACACACACACACACACACACACACACACACACACACACACACACACACACACACACACACACACACACACACACA